AUGAAACUCCUCUUGAUCUUUGCCUUCUUGGGAGCAGCUGUUGCUACCCCUUUGGAUGAUGAUGAUGAUAAGAUUGUGGGAGGACAUGACUGCAAGAGGAAUGAAGUCCCCUACCAGGUGUCACUGAAUUCUGGGUACCACUUCUGUGGUGGUUCCCUCAUCAAUGACCAAUGGGUGGUUUCAGCUGCUCAUUGCUACAAAUCUCGCAUCGAGGUGAGGCUUGGAGAACACAACAUUAAUGUGCUGGAGGGGGACGAGCACUUCAUCAAUUCUGAAAAAGUCAUUCGCCAUGAACAAUACAGCUCUUGGUAUUUGGAUAAUGAUAUUAUGCUCAUCAAGCUGUCAACCCCUGUUAAAUUGGGCGUAAGUGUUGCUCCCAUCAACUUGCCCAGUGGAUGUGCAGCUCCUGGUACCGACUGUCUGAUCUCAGGGUGGGGCAACACUCUCAGCAGUGGCGCAAACCACCCUGACAUUCUGCAGUGCCUGAACGCACCAAUCCUAACUGAUGCUGAAUGUGAAGAAGCUUACCCAGGACAAAUCACUCCGAGUAUGAUCUGUGUUGGAUUCUUAGAGGGCGGAAAAGACUCCUGCCAGGGGGAUUCCGGUGGCCCAGUGGUAUGUAAUGGGGAGCUCCAGGGCGUUGUUUCGUGGGGCAUCGGAUGUGCUCUGCCCGGUUACCCUGGGGUUUACACCAGAGUCUGCAACUUCGUUGACUGGAUCCGUGAUACCAUUGCUGCUAACUAAAACAGCCAUUUCUCCCCUUGUUUCAGCAAGUUGAUCACCUACACCAUUAGCAUGGCUGAGGAAUAUGUGUGUGUGCCUCAGGCCCAGGACAAAAGGGUGCAGAUUCCAGGAAAUUCCAGCAAGACUUCCGGGCCAGGAGCUGGAAUGUCACGUGAGCAUGCUAAAAACCUGACUGGCUGGCUGAUCUGUGCAGAAACAGCAGCCAGCUUGGCGGCAACACUCACUUUGACAGUAGCAGAAGAACCACCACCACCACCACCAGCGGAUAGCAGACCAAAGAGGGCAGACAGACCACCACCACCACCACCACCACCGGGAAGCUGCCCAGACAAGGGCCCAGACAAGGGACACCAGGCACUGUGGUGGGGAGACAUGUGUCACACAAGACCACCAACAGACACCAUGAAACUUCUCUUGAUCUUUGUCUUCUUGGGAGCAGAUGUUGCUGCCCCUUUGGAUGAGGAUGACAAGAUUGUGGGAGGAUAUUCCUGCAGGAAAGACUCCGUCCCUUACCAGGUAUCGCUGAAUGACGGGCACCACUUCUGUGGCGGUUCCCUCAUUCAUGACCAAUGGGUGGUUUCAGCCGCUCAUUGCUACCAAUCCCACAUGCAAGUGGUGCUUGGAGACUACGACAUUUAUGAGGAGAAUGGGGAUGAGCAGUUCAUCAAAGCUGAAAAAAUCAUCGUCCAUCCAGAUUACAGCCCUGAUUAUUUGGAUAAUGAUAUCAUGCUCAUCAAACUGAAUGCCAGUGCUGAACUUUCCACACGUGUUGCACCCAUCACCUUGGGCUAUGGAAGCCCAGUUCCUGGUACUGAGUGUCAGAUCUCAGGAUGGGGCAACACUCUUAGUGAUGGGGUAUUCUGGCCUAAAGUUCUGCAGUGUGUUGAAGCUCCAAUCCUAACUGAUGACGAAUGCAGAACGGCUUACCCAGAAUAUAUCACUGACAAUAUGAUCUGUGUUGGCUACUUGGAGGGUGGCAAAGACGCUUGCCAGGGGGAUUCCGGUGGCCCAGUGGCAUGUAAUGGGGAGCUCCAGGGCAUCGUUUCGUGGGGCAUCGGAUGUGCUCUGCCCGGUUACCCUGGGGUUUACACCAAAGUCCACAGCUAUGUUAACUGGAUCCAUGAUACCAUUGCUGCUAACUAA